AUGAAGAGCAAGGCGGCGAGGGCGGCGAGCGCGGCGUGCAUGCCGCGGCUGACGAGGGGCAGGUGCCGCGCGUCCACGGCGCGGCCGGCCGCGUCGGUGUCGCUGCUCGAGCGCAUCCGCGACGUCGUGCUCCGCCUCAUCAUGCUCACCGCGGUCUCCAAGGCCUCAGUGCAGCGCAGCAGCAGCGGUAGGACCUCCUCGCCGCACGCCGGUGCUACCGGGGCCGUGACGUGCCGCCGGGACGACUCCAUAAGGAACGAGGCCGUGGAGGAGUGCAUCGAGUUCCUGAAGCGCUCGUCGGCCGAGGGCGAGGCGGUCAAGCUGUCCAGCGUCACCGCCGAGGCGGUUGCCGCUGCUGUUGCCUCGGAGAACGAUCCGGAGCCGAAGCGCCUGUCCAGCUCCAGCGUCGUCGCCGUGGCGGGGAGUGCACAACACGCUGCCGUAGCUGCCGGCGUCGAGGACACCACACGCUCGGCCUUGCCGUCCAUCGUCUGA